AUGUCUGAAGAAUCCAACCCCAUCCCUCCGUCUCUCUUCGCAGAAGCCAUCAAGGAGCUCCCCCUCUCCACCAUCUACGCCAAGGUCUCCGAACUCCGAAACUCGAUCGCCCACCUGCACCGUUCGAACGAUGAAUUGCGUACCUUUGUCACCGAGUCAUGCGACACGGAAGAUGACAAGCGAGAACUGGAAGGGUAUAUCACAGAGAACGAAGGGGUUAUCACCUCCAUGAGAGAACGGAUUACGCUUCUCAAAGCGGAAGUGGAAGGGCGGGGUCAGCAGUGGAUUGAAGUGGAGGAUAGCAACAACAACAAUAACAGUACCGAUACAAAUGCCAGCUCGGGGGAGAACCAAACACCGUCUUCCGUUGUUGUAAAUGGUGCGGAGAACCAGGGGUCAAGGGAUACAGGUGCAGAUGAGGGGCAGGAUGGUGUCUAUCUCUAA